CUUGCUCUUAUAGCAAAUCGAAUAAAGAACUCGUCCAGAGUCAAAGGAAUUCGAUAACAGGCACUUAGAGGAAUUUAGUAUCCUCUACCCGGCUUAGUGUGAUCUGUGAUUCUCACGGGAAUCAAAUCCAAUCUCGAGUUUUGCUCGAAUCUCCUACCCCACCACUCUUCUGAAUACCGCAUUGAGAUGAAACACUCACCCUCCCAGCAGGACGACCUUGUCUUCGUGAACAUAUCGCGACCAGAUGAGAUAAAAUCCGCCUCUACUCAGCGCACUAUCCGGCGCCGAGUGAUGCGGGACAUUGGGAAAUCGCGUCGGACACAGCGUCGGCCACAGACCUUGGCCCUGAGCCUAAGACCUUCCCCUGGGCCAGACCCUGUGACUAGCGGGUCUCCCUCGAUGGACACGAGCAUACCUACAUCUCUCGACCCAUGCAACACCACAUUCUACCCCACUCAGCUCGACGAAAGAGGUCUACAGCUGAUGCACUUCAUGACAAGCGACAGGGACUACGUCUUCCGACCGUUUCGCUCCGUCUGGUUCUCCAUGGCGCUGACAGAUCCUAGCGCCAUCUUUGUGGCCUUGGCGAAUGCAGCCAUGUUCUUCGACCAGAGGACCCGUGAGAGGGAGUUUAGAUAUGAGACAAGCGCCGAGUGUCUGGCGUACUAUGGGCAGUGUGUGCAGCAGGUUCGGGGCCGUUUGCAAGAUGUCAAUGAGAGCCUAAGCGAAGGAGUGAUCACAGCCAUCCUGGGGUUGAUCUGUCAUGAUUUGAGAGGAGGGUAUCAUGGUCUCAACGCCAAUGUGACGUUAUUUGCUUUUUGGCUUGAUGUUGUUGGGAGUGUGGCAGAGGAUAAUCGUCCUCGCAUGCCGAAACCAAUGGUGGACGCGGAAUAUCUGUGGACAGAUUCCCCAAAUGUCCUGACACACUUGGCGAGAAGCCUUCUAGACGAAAUAUCGAUGAGGCGCGGGACGUUUAGUGAUGUUGUCAUUGCUUUCAACUACGUGACGUCCAUCGCAACUACCGUACAUGAAAGCCAGUGUAGCCCCGACCCAUUUUGGCGACAGGAAGACAACAUUACUAUGAUCAACAUGUUUGGGCCAGCUACACACUUCCUCCUGUCAAUGUCGAGACCAACGGAUAUUGCUUCUAGCGCGCAGGGAGUAAUACUCCUCCGAGAGGCCACACGGUUAGCUCUUCUGAUCCUCCUCGCAGCGCUGAAGAGGGAUGUGUUUCUGUUCACCUCAAGUGAAUGGCCGCACCUCCAGCAUAAAUUCGCGACUCUCGUUCCAUUCUUGCCCAUACCCGAGUAUGAUGCUCCCUGUCUGAAGUUAUGCCUAUGGGCGAUAGCGACAGUCUCUUUACUGUCGAACGCUGGAUACCCUGGCCCAUAUACUGCGGAAAUCAGGGCCGUGAUGGAUCGUCUAGGCAUCGAUAGUAUCGAUACCUUGAAGACAGUCAAGAGUAUUCUUUGGGUCGAUGCUUUGCACAUUCAGACCGAACCUUUCAUUACAGGACUUUCAGUGCCAACAUGUACAUAG